GCGCGCUCGAGCUGCGAGGAUCCAGGCUGCCCGCGAGACGAGGAGCGGGAGCCCAGGAUGGGGUGCGUGAAAUCCAGGUUCCUCCGGGACAGAGACAAGGUCUCAAAAACUGAGCCCAGUGCCAACUCACACAGCCCUGUGUUUGUGCCAGAUCCCACAUCCUCGGUCAAGCCGGGGCCUGACAGAAGCAAUAACAGCCCACCAGGGUUCCCAGAGGCAGGUUCUGAGGACAUCAUCGUUGUUGCCCUGUAUGAUUAUGAGGCCAUUCACCAUGCAGACCUCAGUUUUCAGAAGGGGGACCAUAUGGUGGUCCUGGAUAAACAUGAGGAGUGGUGGAAGGCUCGAUCCCUGGCCACCCAGAAAGAGGGCUACAUCCCGAGCAACUACGUCGCCUGUGUCAACUCUCUGGAGACAGAGGAGUGGUUCUUCAAGGACAUGAGCCGGAAGAAUGCAGAGCGCCACCUGCUGGCUCCUGGCAAUGUGCUGGGCUCCUUUAUGAUCCGGGACAGUGAGACCACCAAAGGGAGCUACUCUUUGUCAGUUCGAGACUACGACCCCCAGCAAGGAGAUUUAGUGAAGCAUUACAAGAUCCGGACCCUAGACAACGGGGGCUUCUACAUCUCCCCGCGGAGCACCUUCAGCACCCUGCAGGAGCUGGUGGCCCACUACAAGAAGGGGAGCGAUGGGCUCUGCCAGAAGUUGUCGGUGCCCUGCGUGUCCUCCAAGCCCCAGAAGCCAUGGGAGAAAGAUGCCUGGGAGAUCCCUCGGGAGUCCCUCAAGCUGGAGAAGAAACUUGGAGCUGGGCAGUUUGGGGAAGUCUGGAUGGCCACCUACAACAAGCACACCAAGGUGGCUGUGAAGACGAUGAAGCCGGGAAGCAUGUCGGUGGAGGCCUUCCUGGCAGAGGCCAACCUGAUGAAAACUCUUCAGCAUGACAAGCUGGUGAAACUGCAUGCAGUGGUCACAGAGGAGCCCAUCUACAUCAUCACAGAGUUCAUGGCCAAAGGAAGCCUGCUGGACUUUUUGAAAAGUGGAGAAGGCAGCAAGCAGCCCUUGCCAAAACUCAUUGACUUCUCAGCCCAGAUUGCAGAAGGCAUGGCGUUCAUUGAGCACAGGAACUACAUUCACCGAGACCUCCGAGCUGCCAACAUCUUGGUCUCUGCAUCCCUGGUGUGUAAGAUUGCAGACUUUGGACUGGCGCGGAUUAUCGAGGACAACGAGUACACAGCUCGGGAAGGGGCCAAGUUCCCCAUCAAGUGGACAGCUCCUGAAGCCAUCAACUUUGGCUCCUUCACCAUCAAGUCAGAUGUCUGGUCCUUUGGUAUCCUGCUGACAGAGAUCAUCACCUACGGCCGGGUCCCUUACCCAGGGAUGUCUAACCCCGAGGUGAUACGAGCAUUGGAGGAUGGGUACCGGAUGCCUAGACCUGAGCACUGCCCUGAGGAGCUCUACAACAUCAUGAUGCGCUGCUGGAAGAACCGCCCGGAGGAGCGGCCCACCUUCGAAUACAUCCAGAGUGUGCUGGACGACUUCUACACGGCCACCGAGAGCCAGUACCAACAGCAGCCAUGA